AUGGCCUGUUGCUCCACCAGCUUCUGUGGAUUUCCCACUUGCUCCACUGGUGGGACCUGUGGUUCCAACUUUUGCCAGCCAACCUGCUGCCAGACCAGCUGCUGCCAGCCAACCUCCAUUCAGACCAGCUGCUGCCAGCCAACCUGCCUCCAGACCAGCUGCUGCCAGCCAACUUCCAUCCAAACCAGCUGCUGCCAACCGAUCUCCAUCCAGACCAGCUGCUGCCAGCCAACCUGCCUCCAGACCAGUGGCUGUGAGACCAGCUGUGGCACUGGUGGCAGCAUUGACUAUGGCCAGGUGGGUAGCAGCGGAGCUGUGAGCAGCCGCACCAGGUGGUGCCGCCCUGACUGCCGCGUGGAGGGCACCAGCCUGCCUCCCUGCUGUGUGGUGAGCUGCACACCCCCGUCCUGCUGCCAGCUGUACUAUGCCCAGGCCUCCUGCUGCCGCCCAUCCUACUGUGGACAGUCCUGCUGCCGCCCAGCCUGCUGCUGCCAGCCCAUCUGCAUUGAGCCCAUCUGUGAGCCCACCUGCUGUGAGCCCACCUGCUGA